AUUAAAACGAAAAAUUUUAGUUGUCAUUACACGAUUACAUUUCAAAAUUAUUUCUUAUAGUCCCCCAAAAUUAUUAAGUUACCAUGAACAUCGCUAUAAAUGGCUUCGGCAGAAUAGGACGCAUGAUCCUGCGAGCUGCGAUAGAAAACGAUGCUGAAAUUAAUAUUAUCAACGAUCCCGCCCUGCUAAGUUCGGCAUAUGCUGCGUAUCUCUUCAAGCAUGAUUCGUCACAAGGGCGGUAUUUUGGAAAAGUUUGUUACGACGAAAAACAUCUAAUAGUUAAUAGAAUGAAGAUAAGGCUUUUCCAUGAAAAAGAUCCAAAACAGGUACCGUGGAAAGACUGUAGUGGAGAUUGGGUGAUAGAUUGUUCAGGAAAAAAUAGAACAUGUGAGCAAGCACAAAAAUUCAUAGAUGCUGGUGCUACAAAAGUUGUGAUUAGCGCGCCCUCGGACGAUGCUCCCAUGUAUAUUGUUGGUGUGAAUUUAGACAAGUUCGACCACAACGAUAAGAUUGUAUCGAUGGCUUCUUGUACAACUAAUUGCUUGGCACCGUUAAUGAAAGUUUUGCACGAGAAAUUUGGCGUGGAAGAAGCUCUUAUGACAACCAUACAUUCUGUCACGAAUAGCCAAUUUCUUAUCGACGGAGCUAAACCGCACAAAUGGAGAAUGGGUAGAGGUGGAAUUCAGAACAUCAUACCCGCUACUACAGGCGCAGCAAAAGCUAUUGGAAAAAUUAUACCUGAAUUGAAUGGAAAAAUAACAGGACUUGCAUUCAGAGUACCAACACCGAUCGUAUCUGUGGUAGAUCUAACUGUCAAACUAUGCACUUGCACCGACUACUACGGAAUCAAAUGUGCCGUGCGUGACGCUGCUGGUUGUCGACUAAAAGGAAUCCUGGGAUAUACUGAAGAAGAAGUCGUUUCGUCAGAUUUCAUCGGUUGUAAAUGUUCAUCGAUAUUCGAUGCUGGAGCAGGAAUACAACUCAACGAAAAGUUUUACAAACUUAUCGCUUGGUAUGACAAUGAAGUCGGUUAUGCGAAUAGGAUAAUAGAUUUUAUAAAAUUUAUCCAAGAUUCUGACAGUUCACCGAAACCAAUUUGUGUACCAGCAUCAUUGACACCGUGUCCUAAACCGUGUCCAGAAGACAACAUACCUAAAUGUCCACCUCCGUGUCCACCUCCCUGUCCGUGUCCCCCUCCGUGUCCGCCACGUCCUCCCUGCCCACCACCUUGUCCACCACCAAAGCCUUGUUGUCCACCACCACCACCUUGUUGUCCACCACCACCACCAUGUCCGACUACGUGCAACAAUAAACGUCCACCACCGCCUAAGAAAAACAAUACAUGUAAUAAAAAGAAUAAAUGUGAUAAAAAGAAAUCUGAAAAGCCCAAAAAGUGUUCGGGGCCCAAAUGCUAGAAUUUCUGCAAGAGCUUCAAUUUGGAUGCUAAGCAGGUUGCGUUUUGAAGUGUUGGAGACAAGUGACAGCGUUAUUCUACUAUAAUGAUCGUAUAAUCGUAUAAUUUUAUAUAUACUGCAAAAAAAUGUAUCAAUAAAGUCCGUUUUUAAUCAUA